AUGAUCUCAUCUAUUACUGAUUUGUUGGAAGAGUUGAAGGAGACUAUAGUGCCAGUUGUCGCCGAGGCUGCUGAGGAGGACCCAGUUGAAGACGAGGAAGAAGAGGACGAGGAUGAAGAUGAGGACGAAGACGAGGAUGAAGAAGAAGGUGUUGACCAAUUAGAUGCGCUUAGAGAAGAAUGCAAGAACACUGAGGAAGGUAAGCAUCUAGUACACCACUACAUGGAAUGUGUGGAGAGAGUUACCAAGCAACAAGAGGACCCAGAAUACGAGAAUUUGGAUUACAAAGAGGACUGUGUCGAGGAGUUCUUCCAUUUGCAACAUUACUUGGACUCCUGUGCGGCUCCAAGACUAUUUGACAAACUAAAAUGA